AAAUUACCUUGUAAAUUUUAUUUAUUUCCCUGUACAAAAUUUUCCUUUUUCUUUUCUUUUUUUCGAAACACCCUGGACAAGAUUUACAUGUAUGUUUUGAAUAAAUUUUGAAAGAAAAUUUUUAUCAAAUAAUAUUAGCUUAAAAGAAAAUAUAUAUUAGCUUUAUAUUGUACUUCUCUACUCACAACGACCAAAUAGUACAAACUAGUCCACCGAAUCCGGUUAACGAAGCAACCCAUAAAAAAAAGGAACUAUAUUGCAUCAGAAACUGGAAACACCCUCCGGUAUUUUGAGUUGAGAAGAGAAAAGAGUUUACUAUGGCAACCAAAAGGAGGAUAGCUUUGGCAGCUCUCUUAUGGAUUCUCUUCCUCUUCAUAACCUUGGUUUUUAUUCUGAGCAGAUUAAGCGACGAUAAAGUGGCCUCUGUACAAGCUGUCGUUAAUAAGGAGCCCCAUCAGGAGACGGGUUUGGAUUUGGAAGAAGUGACUCACAAAGUUUAUUUUGAUAUAGAGAUGGAGGGGAAGCCCAUUGGUCGCAUAAUCAUGGGCCUUUUUGGAAAAGCAGUUCCUAAAACCAUGGAAAAUUUUCGAGCUCUUUGCACUGGAGAAAAAGGAACUGGGAAGAGCAGAAAGCCUCUCCACUACAAAGGGAGCUCAUUCCAUAGAAUUAUUCCCAGCUUUAUGAUUCAGGGAGGUGAUUUUACUCUUGGCGAUGGACGAGGUGGAGAAUCCAUUUAUGGUGCUAAAUUUGCAGAUGAGAACUUCAAACUAAAACACAUUGGACCAGGAAUUUUAUCAAUGGCAAAUGCUGGACCAGACAGUAAUGGAUCCCAAUUCUUCAUUACCACUGUGAAGACCAACUGGUUGGACGGCCACCAUGUUGUCUUUGGAAAGGUAAUUUCUGGUAUGGAUAUUGUUCACAAGAUUGAAGCCGAAGGAAGAGACAAUGGUGUGCCCAAGGUCAGAGUUGUUAUUUCGGACAGCGGUGAACUUCCUCUAUAGUUUCACAGGAGUUUCUAUACAUUACUUGUAUGUAUGUUUUAAUAUCUUCAAUUACAGGAGUCCCAAUGUAUGGACAGUGAUCUGGUCUAACCUUAUCACCACUUUUUGUAUUUAAAAACACCUGACUUUUCAAGGGUAUACAAUAUUGUUAUGGUCCAUAGUUUGCUUCCCAAAUACAGGUUAUUUUAUUAUUA